AUGACUGCGACGAACACCGGCCCCGUCGCCGGCGUCCGGGCGGUCUCAAAGUCCUCGUCGUCCGUGUGCCCUUCUCCCACUGUAGUGGGCAAUGGCUCCAACUACUGGCUGUUUACUAACAACGGCGGCUUCGCCAUGACACACCCAGAAACACCUUCAUCGCCACCUGAGUGCCCGCCCGUGACCCUGAAGACCACCAACAGCCCUGUCACCAUCUUCCCGGCCAAGACGGCCCUCGGCCACCAUGCAGAGGACACGCUGUUGGAACUGGGACUCCCGGCGGCUCGCAAGGCCGAUAUCCGAGUCAUCUGGCUAGCCUGGGGAAUCAGCGAGGCCGGACUCGAAACAUUGCCGCCCACCGUGUGGCGCAUCUUUGGCUGGGAGAUUGCCGAUGAUGGUGAUGAUGACUUUGAGGCCAACGACGACGACUAG